UCUUCCACUGCUGCCGCGGCUCACUUCCUCAAUCCACAACAACAGACCAAUAGCGGCUGUUUUUUUUCAGGAGCCGGCCCGACACACAUCGAGGCGCAUUGUUUGCCUCGAUAAACACAAUAUAAACUUUAAUUCCAGCUUCCUUGGUUUGCGUUGACGAGUGUCUCCGUUCGUGUGCGAUGGUGGAUUCUCCAGCUGCCUGUCUGUUCGAGGACUUCCAGUAUGAGGACAUCCAAGUGGAAGCGCUCCGCCAGCUCUCCCGGGUGAACCACCCCAACAUUGUUGGCUCCUGUGACAAUCCAGUCGGUUUGGUCAUGGAGUAUGCAGAAUGUGGCUCUUUAUAUAAUGUCCUUCACAGCGCAGACCCACAGCCCCACUCCACAGGGUCCCACGCCAUGAGCUGGUGUCUGCAGUGUGCCAAGGGAGUUGCCUACCUGCAUGCAAUGAAGCCAAUGGCCUUAAUUCACCGGGACCUCAAACCGCCAAGCUCCCAUCCCCUUUUUGACGUCAACACCAAUAAAGAGACCAUUGAAGCGACCACGUCUGGACGAGGAAGAGGAGGAAGACUCAGUAACAGCCUUGACAGAGUCAACCCUAAUGUAGUAAGUUACUGUAAUGUACCGUAUGUGUGUGUGUUUGCUCGCUGAAACCACUGUAGGGUGUGGCAUGUUGUUUUUCCAAAUUUUUGGAAUGCUGUGCAGGUAAGUGCAACUGUUGACACUUUGAACAUGUGAGAAUGUGUAUCAUUAGGUUUGUCAUUAUUUACAUUUAUUAUAUUUUCUUUUUACGUUACUUCAAGAGUCUACCUGGCUGCGAUGUAUUACAAUGAAAAUGCUGACUGAUAACUCUGGUGGACAGCCUCUCUUCAAACUACACUUCCCAAAACUCUUGAAGGGCGAAUGCAGAGCAAAAGCAGUUAAGACUGAGCCAACAUUCCGUAACUCUUACCUUUUUUAUUUUUCACCUACAAAGUAUGCUAUACAUGUUUUUAGUAUUGUUCUAGCAUGUCAGAACCUUUUAACACACAAUGUAUGAUAUAUAAUACAAUAACAAUACAUUUUAUACUAAUGGUAAAUUAUAGAAAGUGUCCAAUGUCAGGAGGUAAUAUAAAACGGCCUUCAGGGAUUGUUUUGUAACAUGAAAAUUUAAACGAAAUGUCUUUGUAUGUCUAAUAUUGCACAGGGUAUGUGGCUGUCUUGAUGGACCUUGUCUUAAAAAACGUCUUUAUGGACCCGACACCCUACAAGGAUGCAUUAUUGGAGAUUCACAUUGCAGAGGACCUUGCUGCACAGUAUGAGGGAGGAGGUCAUAGUAAGAUAUGUGACAUGGUUUAACCAAGAGGCGGUCUAAUUCCAACAUCUGGGAAUUCUGCACGAAUGCGAAGAUCCACAGACUGGAAUGACGACACUGAUUGUCCGCCUAAAUAAGACCCAGCACCAGCUCCCAAAGCUCCUGUAACCAUUAAAAGAAUUGGAAAGGACAUUUAGUCAACAUCUUGCUCUUGCAAACAUCCAUCCUAUCCAUGGUGUAUUUUUUCAUAUGGAUUCAAUGAAUCCUACAAAUUUAUACUAUCACUGAUGGUAACUGCAUUAUUUGUCACGUUAUAUUUUGUGAUAAAACAUAAGAACACUGUAUAGGCAAAGUGUGGAUCUGUGUGAUUGUAAUAAAUGCUACAGUAUCUGUAAAA